AUGCAUAUUGAUGAAUUACCGGUUGGAUAAUAAAAGCAAAAUUUCAUGGUCGAAGAGUUUCCUCCUGGUAUUUGAAAUUUAAUAAAUUAGAUUUCGAUCCUUAAUAAUUUGAUAAAGUUGAUUUACCAUUAAAAUAAAGAAUAAAAUCAAAGGUUUGGAAAGUAAGACUUCAAGGUUAUGAGGAAUUAGCAAAUGAAUAAGAAAUAGAGUAUGAUUGCAUUUUAUAAAUAAUACAAGACAUACAUGUUUAAUGUCAAGAAAAAGCACUCUAAAUUGCACUAAAAUACUUUGAAUAACAUCAUUAAUUUGAGUCUUCAUAAUAAAAGGAGAUAAUAAAAGUGUUGAUAGAGAAAGUACUAAUAUAAUAAAAAUUAAAAUAAAAUGGAUAUUAAUUAGCCAUAAUACUCUUUCCAUAUUGUAAAUAAGCAAUUUUUGAAAUUAUCAUUGGAGAAUUAUCUCAUAAAAAUCCUAAGAUAGUUUAAGCAACCAUCACUUUAAUAUUGGAGUUACUUCAAUAAUAUGGUGUCAGAAAAUUAGAUAAUUUAAAACCUUUUUUCCCCAUUUUAUCAAAAUUAACAGAGGCAUAACAAACUACAAUAAAAGCUGAUGCAAUAUCUUUUUAUAAAGAAGCAACAAAAUGGUUUGGUAAAAAUAUUGAGGCAUUUUUUGGUGGAUUAAAUGAAAAACUUUAAUACGACUUAAAGAAAAUUGCAGAAACUAUAACAGAAGUAUAAAAAGCUCCAAAUCAAGAUGGAGAUUUUGAAACAGGAAAUCAAUAAUUGUAUGAUUUAGCAGAGGCAGUUGAAGUAUUUCCUAAAUUUACAGAUUCUUGGUGUGAAAAGGUCUUCUAACUUGAAAAAUGGUAAGAAAAAAAAGAACAAUUAGAAAAUUUAUAAAAAGCAUGUUCAGUUGCAAAAAUGGUACCAUCUCCGAAUGUUUAUUCAAUUGUGUAAUUACUAAAAAAAUUAAUAAAUGAAUAAAACAUAGCAAUAUGUACAAUGAGUAUUAAAAUUGCUGGACUUCUAGCUAAUGGAUUAAGAAAAAAUUUCUAUUAAUAUGUUAAAAUAUUAAUAUAACCAUUAUUUGCAAGAUUAAAGGAUAAAAAAUAAAAUAUAGUUGAUGAUACAAUAACAUCAUUAAAGAAGUUCUUCUACUGUUGUACUCUUGAUGAACUUUUUGAAGAAGUUAAAACAUUAUUAGAUGAUAAAUCAUCUAGUCCUAAAAUUAAUGUUUUUGUACUUGUUGAGCAUUUUUUAGAUGAAUGUUAAAAAGAAAAACUACUUAAACUUCAAUGCAUAAAACAAUUAGUUCCAAUUUGUAAGAAAUUAACUGAUGAUGGAAAUGCAGAAGUAAGAACCAAAGCCAUUAUGUUGUUAGCUAAAAUAUCUGUUUAAUUAUAUAAUGGUUCAAUGGCUGUAGAUCUAAAAGGUGAUAAAUUAACAAAAUAUCAAGCCUAGGUUAAUAUUUAUCUUGAAGGAUUAAAAGCCUUAUAAGGCAAUAGUAUAGCUAUCUUAAUUCCAUAGAAAUCCAACUUGCAGUCAAAUAAGGAAAACAUUUAGAAUUAAGCAAUAGCUAAUCCUAAACCAGAUAUUAAUUCAAAUAAGCAAUAGUCAAUAGUUUAAACCUAAGUUAACCAAGAAAAUCAAGAAAUUAAAUAUUAAUCUAAUAUGACUCCUAAUUAAGUUGAUGCAUUUCUCAAAUAAUAUAAAACUAAAAAUAAGGAUUAAAGUGAUCUUGGUAAUAUUUUACUAACCAUCAAUUAAUAAUCUAAGUAAAUUUUAACUUUCACUAUGGACUAUAUAGUAGAAAAAAUAGGAGAGUAAAAAUAGCUUUGUCAUUUAUUAUUUGAAAAAUGUUCUUAAACAUAUAAGCCUAAUCAUAUGUCUCAAUUAAUUCUAAGCUUUAAAAAUACUGCUACUUAAGCAUAAUUAGUUGAAAUUUUAACUUUAUUAUUAAAAUACAUUCCUUUAAGUGAUAAAACUAUUGAUUAACAAUUAAUUUCUGAUUUUUUAAAAGGAUUUUAAAAUUAAUCCAAUUAGAAGGCAAAACAACUAGUAAUUGAUUGCUAAAAUGCAUUAAAAUAAUUAUUUGAAUUAAAAAAAGCUUAUUCAGAAUAAAAACCUAUUCCAUUUUCAUUAACUUAAUUUAGUGAUCUAUAAAUAGAAAAAUUGAAAGAAUAAUUAAAAGUACCUUAAAUACCAUAACAUUUGUAUGAUAAACUGUUUAGUUACAAUCCUUAAUUGAAUUUAGCUGGUGCAUCUUAUAUUAGAUAAAAAAUAGCAUAACCAGGAGAAUUUACAGAAAUCUUUUUUAAAUGGGGCUAUUUAAUUUCAUGGUUUAAGGAAAGCAUAUCUUUGCAAACAGAAAUUAUUAUGUUAUUUUAAUUCUUGACUUCUUAACAUAAACUUACUUAAUUAGAAUAAUAAAUUGUAUUGUCUUAUAUUAAAAUGAUGAUAUUGUUAUAUAUAAGAAAUGGAAUGCCAAGAUUAGCAUAAAGAACAUUACCAUUACUUAUGAAUUUAUUAGCUGAUUGCAAUUAAUAAAAUGUAUAAAUUAAUCAAUAAGGUAAAUUUGAUGAAUGUGAUGAAAUUUCUAAUACUUAGGCUAAUUAAAUAAUUUAAUAAAUGUAAGACAGUAUCUUAGAAUGGAAUAAUAAUUCUUAAUUAUAAUAAAAAUAAAUAUUAUUUACUUUAAUAUCAUUAAUUAAUAAUGAGGAUAUUUAAAAAGAAAAGAAUCAAGAGUAGAAGAAACACUCUAUGAGAGUAGAAGGUAUCAUAACUUCAAGUAUUGAUUUAAAAAACAAAUAGGAAUAAAUUUAAAGUUCUCAAAAACUUGUUCAAGAGUAAGUAUCUGAUAAAAUAAUUACUUUACAAAAUCAUUCAUAAAAAAAAUUGUUAUAAUAAAAAAAUUUUAAUCUACCAUUAAAUCAAAAUAUUAAUAGUGGGAAUAAAAAUAUUAGUUCUAGUUGUAUCUAAAUAAUAAAUGUGAAAGAAAAAGAAUAUGAUAUGAUCAUGAGAAGUUUUCAAUAAAUGUAUUGCAAAUUUAGAGAAACAAAUUUUAUUGAAAAUUCUUAAAGUUUUGCUGAAUAAAUCAUUUAUCUUUUAAGUAAUCUUUUAAAUGAUGAAUGCUAUGAUCUAAUGAAUUAAUUCUUAGAGAAAUUGAUACAUGUAUUAUCAUCAAGUCAAUUCUAUAAAAGCAUAUCAUAUAAUUAAUUUUAUAUUAUAUUUGAUUCAUUGAUUUUUAAAAUGGUUGAAUAAUCAACAAAAAACAAUGUCAAAGAUGGAGCAUAAAAAUGUUGUUAUAAUUUAAUUAAUUCUAAUUUAAUUAAAAUCUUAAAUAAUCAAGAUUUAUAUAAUUUAUAUUUAGCCUUUUUGGAUAUUUUAAUAAAUGUGAAAGAAACUGAUCGAUAAACUAAAUAAUUUUAUGCAUUAGUCACUAAAUGCUUAAGUAAAUCUGCAGAGCAAUUAAAAGGAUAAUUUUAAUGGUCCUAAGUUUAAGCCAUCUUAGAAAAAAUUAAUUAAUAUUUAAUUAAAAGUUAAAAACCUUAACUGGAAUACACAUAAUAUCAUAAUUGCUUAUUGAAUGCUUUAAAAACAACAGUUAUAUUUUUCUUUAAUUACAAUGAUGGUAUCAAAGUGUAUUAAUAUAUUAUGUAAAAUACAAAUGAAAAAUCCAUUUUAAGAUAAUGGAUAUUAGAUGUACAAGAAAAAAAUAAUACUAAUCUUAUAGUUGAUUUAGCUAAAUAUAGAAGAUCAAGAGAUACACAUUUUAAUUAAUUAGUUGAAUUGCUUAAAAUAGAUUUUGAUAAAACUGUUGAGUAAUUUGUAUCCAUAGUGAGAAGAUAAAAUAUUAAUUGGAAACCUCUAGUUGAAUUUUUAAAUCCAGAUAAAAUAACAUUCAUAGAAUAAAGAUUAGAAUCCACAUCACAUAUGAAUUUAUUAGAGAAAAAAGUUGUUGAAUUAGAAAAGAUGAUAAACUAAUGA